CCCACCAACCGCGCUGGGUGAAGGGUGUUGCUUGCAUCUCUCCUGCUCACAAAGACUAGAGGCUGAGCAAGUAUUUUCGUGACGUUGAGAAGAAAACGAAGCAAAUCGCUCUCUUAUCUGGAACAAGUGUGAUAGACUAUAAACUUAUCCAUAUCCAAAUGACUAAAAGUGACCGUAUUUAGACAAUGAAUCUCAAAAGGAGGCUUCACAUAUUCAUACUCGAAGCCUACGAAGCCCUGAGGUGACUGAAGAAAUUUCGAACCAUUCAAGGAUUCGAAUACGAGUAAGGAGGAGAAACCCGACUGCAGACAAGACUAAUUAAAUUGAAUAAAAAAGCGAGAGAAAGCGAGACCGUUAAAUUGCCUCGCCGAACUUGAGUGUUCAACUGACUGGAAAACUAAGGGUCGCUGGAAGUUGUGGGGAGGAAGAAGAAAAAGAGGAUUACACACACACACACACACACACACACACACACACACACACACACACACUCCCCUCCAACUUUACAUUACCAAGACCUCCAGCGCGACCCCCCACUAGACCCAUCCUACCGAGACAAGGCAAGACACACAAGAGGCGGCAGGUCUAUUCCAGCAACACGUGAGGAGAGGACCAAUGUCUGUAACACUACACAGUCUGAAGACCCAUAGAAAACGAAGACUUUUCCCCUUGACAUGGUGGAACAAGUGAGUGGCGACGUGGCUUAGUCCCCCGUGUAAACUCUCUAGAAGUUCCUGACGGGGGCGCCGCUCCUGACAGCAGCAGCACGACCACCACCACCUUCAUAUCGUCCAUCAUGCUUCCCCGCGUCCUGCUCCUCGCUCUGAUCCUGACGUCAGCUUCCACACAAGAUAUCUCGGGAUACAGAAAUGAUGGUAGGGCUGGCAGCGAUGUGAGCGAGGAGGACGCCACCGGCGGCGUCAUUGACAGUAGUGCUGACGGAGUGAUAAGAGAAGGAAGUAGUGUCAGUGGAAGAGGAGAUGGAGCAGGAAAGGAAGCAUCAGUACCGCCACCACCGCCAGCAGGAGGAAGGGGGAGAGGCGGCCCCAGGAAGUAUAACAUUCCCAGCAGUGAAUUGAAGAAGCUUGACCAACUGUUUGUUUCCGAGGACGACAAGCUGACGUAUGAUCGCCGCCAGACGCCUUCUUACACUGCAGGAUCGCCCACACGAGUCCAUAUCGAGAUGUACAUUCGGAGCUUCGGAUCAAUUAACCCGAUACAGAUGGACUACACUGUGGACCUGUACCUGAGGCAGAGGUGGCUGGAGCUGCGGUUUCUCAACAACUCCCUUACACGACCUGUGGAUCUCAACGAUCCAGUGUUGGUCAAGAUGCUGUGGAAGCCUGAGGUGUACUUUCCCAAUGCCAAGGAGUCUGACUUUCAGUAUGUCACUGUGCCAAAUGUUAUGCUGAGAAUCCACCCAGAUGGCACCAUCCUCUACAUCCUCAGACUGAAGCUGACAUUCUCCUGCAUGAUGGAUCUCUCCAGCUACCCACUAGACCACCAGACCUGCUACAUUCAGAUUGCCAGCUUUGUCAAGACCACACGUGAGCUGGAACUGACUUGGUAUGAGGACUCUCCCCUCAAGAUGUACCGGAGACUGAAGCUCCCUCAGUUUGAGAUGAAAGAGAUCAAGGCAGAUGUAUGUAAUCAGUCCUUCCAUAUUGGCAAUUAUAGUUGUCUGCAAGCUGCAUUUGAGCUUCGACGUAACAUUGGAUAUCACUUGGUGCAGUCCUACCUGCCCACCUCCCUCAUCGUGGUGGUGUCUUGGGUCAGCUUCUGGCUAGACGUGGAUGCCAUCCCUUCCCGUGUCACCCUGGGCGUCACCACUCUCCUCACUGUCUGCUCAGAGUCCACCUCUUUCAGAGACAAGAUGCCGACAGUGUCGUAUGUCAAAGCCUUGGACAUCUGGAUGGGUUCAUGCACAGCCUUUGUCUUUUUGGCACUGGUAGAGUUUACAGUUGUGAAUCACAUUGCUCGCCACCACCGCCGAUUUCUCAUCUGGGGUUCUGUAUACUGGCGAUCCAGGCUUUCCUCCAUCAACCAAAACCAAAGUCUUCUUCAACCGAAGCAAAAGAUGUCUGAUGGAGCAUCUUCUGUCAAGUGUUCUAAUAUUGGCGCUCUCUAUACCUGUGCCCAAAGGUCUUCCUACGGAGGCAAUGAUGAUGCUGGCAAGCAUACUCGCAAGAAAAUAGGCACACUUUCAACCGUUGAAGCUCAGGCAGAUGCCAGAAGGAACAUCACACAAAACACAACAGUGGAGACAGUGGAGUGUCACACCACCAGCUUUGCAAGUGGCUCACAAGAGAUGGGUCCUUCCAGUAGUGAUGGAGCAACCCUGAACCCUGACAGCUGUACAGGCCCUGGCUCAUAUGACCUUGAUGAUGAAGAUGAAGUGGUACAAAGUCAAGGUCUCAGUGAUGCAGGAAUCACCUGCCUGCCAUCACAUUGGCAGCAGGAAGCCCACAUAGCAAAACUUAUUGAUAAGAUUUGUCGGGCACUUUUCCCUGUCAUGUUCAUCUUCUUUAAUCUCAUUUAUUGGUUAUACUAUCAAGUCCUAACUUGAUCCAUUGGUAAGGAGUUUCCCUUUCAUAAGCUGUUCAUUGUUAUGACUUGAACCUAUAUCUGCAUAUGUACAUCACAGGUCAUGACCUCAAAGGGCCUGCUAGCCUCAUUCUUAAUCUCUUUACUGCCUCAAUAUACAUCAUGGAUUUUCUCAUGACAUUUGCAUAAUAUUCUCCUGAGGAGACAUGUAAUCCAAUGAUAAAACUCCAUGCUUGAAUUUGUAGCUCCACAUGACAUAUGUUAAAAAUUAAGGUUUUCUUUGCCAUUUGCAUGUUACUUUUUAAAUCAAAGACAGCAGUGGGCUCCUUUAAGGAUGAGAUGCUUGAGCAUCACUCUCUGUUUAAUACAGCAUCAUCUCAAGCAGAUAUCAGACACACUAUAGCAU